GAUCAUUCUAUCACUCCCACGUUCUGAUGGACACCAGGCCAGACUGUCAACAUGUCGCAUCCGCCAUUGUCGAUCUGGCAACAGGAAUACGCUCUCGACCACGAUGACAUUCAGCAGGCGACCUUUGUCCUCGACAUCCCGGUCAUCGCCGACGUACAAGAUUGGACAGGUUGGGCUUGGCUUCGGUCGAGUGCAACAUGGAUCGAAGUAGAACCCGUCGAGUUGGCCCGGCUGGACGGGGACAAACAGUGCUACCUGUUGCUCCUCCGAUCAAAGGGGGACCUUGCGCAUCAGAUCGCCAUUUACCCUGUCAGCUCGACCUCAGCUCAUGGUACUCUCCGUGAGAGCUCCAAUGACCACGGAACCAUCUCCAAGCUCAGACUACAUGCGAGAAGAGUGACCUCCGAGAAGAAUCCCGGCUCUUCGCUCGUCGUCGCGGUAUCGAGCAAAGAUAAAGGAGGAUCGGGUUCGGCUGCUCAGCCUUGGCGGCUCAUUCAGAGAUGCGUCGAGAUAGGUCGGCAAUGGGCGCAUAAGUUGGAAGGUCGGACUUAUGAGCCAACCGCUCCCGAAGAAGUGGUCUCUCAUGGUCCCCUGGAAAAUCUGAGUUUCUGCACGUGGAACAGCUUGGGCGAAACUACCCGUCCGACCAUCCAAAACCUCACCUCCCUCUGCCAAUCACUCCACUCCUCCCAAAUCCCCAUCAAAUCCUUCCUCAUCGAUGCCGGUUGGCAAUCCAUAAACUCUUACCCGGACACGGGAAACGUAGGGGCGGACACGAUUCAACGCAAGUUACUCGCUUUCGAGCCGUAUGAUGGGUUAGGGGGUUCGUUGGAGGAAGUGGUGGGGAUGAUCAAGAAGGAGUUGCCUUGUGUGAAGGAUGUUGGGGUGUGGAUGACUCUACAAGGAUUCUGGCAAGCCAUCGACCCCACCUCCCCUCUAGUCGCCAAGUACGGCUGUCUCCCUUACCCAAUCUCACGGGAAGGUCUCCCUGGGAUCCCCAACGAACCGGGUUCGAUAUCGUACAUCGACCCCAACCCUGAUCUUCCUGAUUCUUCGAAGGUCUGGUACCUCCCUCCACCUUCCCGGGCAUACGAAUUCUGGUCAGACUGGUUAUCUUACCUGAAGACUGAGGGUAUCUCUUGGAUCAAGGUGGAUAAUCAGGCGAGCAUGUCUAUCCUCGAUGGGAUGGAGGGGGCGGAAUGUGGGAAGGCGAUGUGGGAAGGGAUGGUGCGAGCUGCCGAGGAGGUUUUUGGGCCCGGGAGGGUUCUGCAUUGUAUGAGUCAUUCGGAAAGGAUGUUCAAUGGGGAUAUCGGAUUGGGUCUAGCUACGAACGGCAGAAAGAUCGUCAUGCGGAACACCGACGACUACGGCCGACUCUGGCUCUCGAACCCGCACCAAGACCAUAUCUUUCAAAACCUCUACACUUCGCUUCUCACCUCACACCUCCACGUGAUCACGGACGGGGACAUGUUCAUGUCCUCAUCCGAAGCCCCGGUCUUUCACGCCAUCCUUCGAGCUAUGAUGCCGGGUCCGGUACUGUUGACGGACAAACAGGGACAACACGAUCCGGUCCUGAUCAACCGGUUCGUCGGCCAGACUCGGAGCGGCGAGCAGGUGAUCUUGAAGACGAAUGAUCCGGUCCGACCAGUCCAGAACCGAUUGUUCGAUAGAAAUUGCCGGGAGGGGGGUCGAGGUCGAGCCUUGGUCGUUUCGGUCUACCUACCCCGCAUGAAGAGCUCGAUCAUCGGGUGUUGGAACGUCCGGGAGAACCACAUCGGUAACAGGGUCGACGACUGGCUCACAGGGCAAGACUUACGCGAUGCCUUCCCGGACGCACUAUCGGCUGAGGAAUACAUGGUGUACAAGCCUGGUUACUGUUCCGAUUCCGCUUGGGCGGUAUGGACCCCCAACGAGACGAAGGAUGAUGGGCAGGUCAUGCAUAUCACCUUGAAUCAUCUGGCUGCGGAGACGGUCUUGGUAAUGCCCAUCCACUCGGCUGAAGUUGCUGUUGGUGACGAGAGAGACCCUCAGAAGGUCAAGGUCGAGGUCAAGGUAGCGGUAUGCGGUCUCGUAGACAAGUUUGCUGGGCUCGUCGGGGUAUCAGGGACGUCCCUGUCUUUCGAAAAUGGCCGGACGAAGCUCUCCUGCCAAGUAAAAUGUACAGGCACCUUUGGGGUGUUCGUCCAGCAACCUCCCGAACUCCCAGGCCCAAUCGUCCUGGUUGACGACAUGCCCAUCGAAUUCGACCGACGAGAAAUUUCGGGACCGGGGCUGGGAGAGGGAUGGUAUAUGUAUACGCUUCCCAUCGAGCGCAUCAGUGACGUCCAGCUUGAGGUUGAGGACCCUCGUCAAGAUAGCCUGGGAGGCAAUCAGGAUGGGAAGGAUGUCAUUGGAGAAGAUGACGGCUGGGAGGUCACCCUCGAAUGGCAUGCGCAUGUAUAGCUUCGCGUGGUUUCGGGAGCAAUUUCUGAAUCCGGACAUCGGUCGGCGAUCGACUUGGAUGACUUGCUGGUUCAUGUACAAGAUCCUCUCUCGCUUCUCGUCCUUGUAACUCUGU